AUGAAGUGCCCCGCGUGCGGGUCGGAGUUUGCGCGAAUGCGCAUGAUCAAGGGGAAGCCCGCGCACAAGAUCGUCGGGGGGAAGCACUUGCAUCCUCAUGAUUGCUCUCCACAACUCACCUAUCUCACCUUCGUCAUCCCCCCCUCCCCCCUCUCCUCCCUGUCGCCAAUCCUUUCUCUCGAUUGCGCUGCGCCCCCAGCAACCAGCGCAUACCGCUCUGGUCCUCGGCCAGUCACUGCAAGGCUUCUCCCCCCUCGCUGCCGCUGCUGCUGUCACCAUCCUCUCCCUUUCCUCCCUGCCACUCUUCCCUCUUUCCCCCAUCUCCCCUCCCAGCAACCAGCGCACACCUCGCUGGUCCUCGGCCAGUCACUGCAAGGCUUCUCCCCCCUCGCUGCCGCUGCUGCUGUCACCACGCCACUCACCUCCUCCCCCUCCUGCUCGUACCCCUCCUCCGCCGCCUCACGCAGCAGCACCAGCAGCACCAGCGGUACCAGCAGCAGCAGCAAGGGCAACAAGGCGGGGGAGUGGCGUGUGUGGCGGUACCUCCGCCACCGAUGGCGCUGGCUCUCCGCCUCCUCCUCUCUCCCCUCCUCCUCCCUCUCCUCGUCCCACCAUGGGCAAGCGCGUGGCAGCAGCAGUUUUGGGCUUCAUUUUGGGUUGGGUGGUGCGUCACUUGGAACCAGCAGUAGUGGCUUUGGUAGGGCAGGGAGGGGGGUGGUGGUGGAAGGAAGGAGAAGGCGCGUGCGGCGGUGGGUGGUUGUGCUGGCGGCAACGGUGCUACUGGUAGUGCUAGCAGGUGCUGCGGCUGUGGGUGUGCGGCGUGCUGCCUCAUUGAUCCCCGCUCAUGAUAGCCAGGCCAUGAGUGGUCAAAAUACAGGUACAGUCACAGCCAGCAACAGGCUUCCAGGCUUCACAUCCCAUGUGGAUUCUACUGCCAAGCACUCGGGGAGCAGCAGCAGCAGCAGUGGCAGCGUGAAUAAAAGCCAUGGAGUGGCGAUUGAUCGAGGGAUAGAGGAGGAGGGGUCGAUGCUGGGUUUGGCUGUAGACUGGAGCGAGGAGGAGCGGGGGAGGAUGGAGAGCAGAGGAAGGGUAGGAGCGGGGACAAGAGGGGAGGAUAGAGGGGAGGAGAGAGGGGAGGAUACAGGGGAGUUUUGGGUGAGGCGGCGGGUGGGGGGAGUGAGAAGAUCUGGGAAGAGAGUGGGUAAGGAGCAUGUGGUGAGAGGGAGGAGGAGAGCGGGCGGCAGAGGGAAGGACGGAGGGGUGAGCGGUAGGGGGUUGCAGGAAAGGAGGAGGAAGCGAAGAAGAGGGAGAGGAGGGGGUGGGGAAGGGAAAGAGGGAGGGAGAGUGAGGGAGUGUGAGGGGGUGAUGGUGGGGGAGUGGCCAGGAGUAGAUGGGUUGGCAGCAGUGGGGGCACUCAUGGCUGUGCGGGGGAGGCGAGUGAGGGAGGGGAGGGGAGGGGAGAGGGGCGGGGCGGAGAGUGAGAGCAGUGGUGGUGCCGGUGUUGGGGGUCAGAGCAGCAACAGCAGUGGUGUUCCUUCCCUUGGUUCCUUUGCCGUGGUGGGUCCUCACCUCUCCCAUGCGCCCUUUGCGCCUCACAUCUCCACCCCUCUGCACCUUCCUUCGCCCCUCCCCCAAUACCAUCCUCCCCACCCAUUCCCACUCCCAAUCAGUUCCUGUGCCGUGGUGGGUCCUCACCUCUCCCAUGCACCCUCCGCGCCUCACUUUGGGGCAGCCAUUGACUCCCACUCCCUCGUGCUGCGCAUGGGGCAGCUCACCCCGCCCACCCGCCUGCAGGUCUAUGUGUGA